UUCAAAACAGCGCUCAGGAACAGAUGGGUGACAUCAUGGAUACUACGUCCAUAUUUUAUACAGUCUAUGGUGUGAACACAAACUGCCCAACUUUACCCAGACUUUUAUCUGCUUGCCCACAUUUCCGUAUGAAGUCAGAUGUAUCCAGUGAAAGCAGCCUGCACAAGAUCUUGAGGAAAAGAGAAGUGGCAGGAGCUGGUGCUGACCUCUCUAAGUCCUCCAUCGCUGUCCCCUCCUCAAAGGCUCAAGAGUUCCUGGCCAAACUGAGCAGAACUAAGAGGAACCUUUGGGACCGCAGCAGAGCGGACGUGCAGCAGUGGAUUGCGCAGUUUACGGCCAUGGGAUAUGAUGAGCAGAGGCUGGAGGCCGACCUGUCGUACUGGAUGGACCAGGCGCGCUCCACCGAUCAGGGGCGUCAGCAUCACUACGAUGAAAACGCCCCCAUCGGCCCUCGGUACCCUGGUUCUUACAGGCAUGGAGCUAAUGUCAACUAUGACUACUAUUAAUGCCAGUGUGUGAUAGUCUGCUCGUCUGUCACCUGUCAUGUAGCUGUCAACAUCGAAGUACUCUGCAGCUGCUCCAGCCUGUUUUAAUUAGCUGCACCCAUCUGUAUAACCCCUUAUUGAUGCUCGGUCUCAAUUCUGAAAUAGCUGUUAUAAAAAGGAAAAACAUGCACAGAGUUUGCCCUCAAAAGGAAUCACCUGUGAUCAACAAGGACAUUUUUAUGCAGCUGAUUUCUGUAAAAUCUGUCUUUAAUUUGCUCUACUAGAUUUUUGUAAAUAAAGAUUCGGCUCAAA